GCCAGUGAACGCAGCAUUGGUAUGGUGGGAGAGGCUGGUGUGUUCACUGACUCGGGGCUUCUGUUUCGGCUGCCGCUGGUAAACUAACUAGCUGUCUUUCCAGAGAUAAUUCACAAGUGACAAGGUGUCAGUAAUGUGGCUCUCUUCGUCCCGGCACUAAAGGGAUCUGCAGGUGAAUGUCGUGUACUUGGAGCAUUUUAUGUCAGAGCUCGACGUGGUUUUAGCUAGCAUUAGCUGAAGUUACAAGAGAAAAUAGACGGCUGAAGUUGCUCCCGGAGUGAGAUGGGCAACGUCAGGCUCAACACAGGGAGACUCUGUGGAAGGAUUGCCGGCUGAGUGCAACAUGGGAUUUGUUCUUUUACGAGAUGGAUUUCAGCCAUUUAUUCGGGUGGUUAUUUAAGUUGUUUGAGAGUUGAAAGCAGCAGGAUCUGGGGCGGUGCUGUCAGACUGUCAGACUCGUCCUGGCUGCAGCGCUGGCCUAAGAAGCUAGCAGCGAGCCAGCCAGCUAGCUGCACGUCCUGCUCAUCCACCAAAGUUGCCUGUUGUUGAUGGUCUCCCUGCCAACCAUGGACACUGAGACUGACACCUGCCCUGCAGUGCACCAAAAUGGGACCGCACAUCGGGAAUCUCCAGACACAAGUCCAGCUGCUGCUGUUCUGAGACUUCAUUUCUACCACAGCAGCCAAGGACAGGCCAGCUGCGGCUUCCUCAGCUACCCUUCUGGAGACUAUGUGGCUGAGGAGCUGUGUAUAGACGCAGCCAAGGCGUGCAGUAUAUCACCUCUGUACUGCAGCCUCUUUGGUCUCUUUCGAGAGAGAGACCACUUGUGGUUUUCUCCCAACCACAUCUUCCAGCUCGAUGAAUCAGCUUCAGAAGAUGUGUUUUUCAGGAUAAGGUACUAUUUCCCUGGCUGGUACAGUGGUGGGGCAUCCAGAGCAUAUCGAUAUGGGGUGACCAAGGGAUCAGAAAGCCCUGUCCUCGAUGACUUUGUAAUGUCAUAUCUCUUCUCUCAGUGGAGAAACGACUUUGUGAAUGGUUUGGUGAGGAUCCCAAACUCCCACGAGACUCAGGAAGAGUGCCUCGGUAUGGCCGUGCUGGACAUGACAAGAACAGCCAAGGAGAGACAGAUGUCACCGCUCGACAUUUACCACACUAUAAGCUACAAGUCCUUCUUGCCCAAGGACGUGAAGGCGCAGAUCCAGGACUGCAACUUCCUGACGCGCAAGCGGAUCCGUUUUCGCUUCAAGCGCUUCAUCCAGCAGUUCAGUCAGUGUCGGACCACCGUGCGAGACCUCAAGCUCAAGUACCUCAUCAGCAUGGAGUCCCUGGAGAGGGCCUUCUACACAGAGACCUUCCAGGUCCGGGAACCAUCCAGUGGACAGCUUAUCAUCCUGGUGGCAGCGGACAGUGGCAUCCAGUGGUGCCGGGACAAAUUAAAAGAUUCCGAGCAGGAGCUGCAGACCUUGUGUGACUUUCCUGAUGUCACUGACAUCAGCAUCAAACAGGGCAACAAGGAGGGUGCUGUAGAGAGUCGGGUGGUCACCAUCAACAAACAAGAUGGCAAGAACCUGGAGCUGGAGUUCUCCAAUCUGUCUGAAGCCCUCUCCUUCGUGUCCCUCAUCGAUGGCUACUAUCGUCUGACCACAGACGCACAUCACUACCUUUGUAAAGAAGUUGCUCCUCCUCGGCUUGUGGAGGCCAUCGCUUCACAUUGCCACGGCCCGAUCUCAAUGGAGUUUGCGAUCACACGGCUGCAGAAAUGUGGAAACAAGCGGGGACUUUACAUCAUGAGAUGUAGCCCAAAAGACUACAACAAGUAUUUUCUGACUUUCCCUGUUCAGGUGUAUGAUGCAGUGGAGUACAAGCACUGCCAGAUUACCAGGUCUGACAGCGGAGAGUUUAACCUCAGUGGAACCAAAAGAAACUUCAGCAGCUUACAAGAGCUACUCAGCUGCUACCAAAAGGAAACCGUGCGCUCUGAGAGUGUCAUUUUUCAAUUCAGCAAGUGCUGUCCUCCUAAAUCCAAAGAAAAGUCGUGCCUCCUCGUGUGCAGGAGCAACAAGGGCUCUGAAGUGCCUCCAUCUCCAUCACUGCAUCGACACAACAUCAGUCAGAUGGUUUUUCACAAGAUCAGGAAAGAAGAUCUGGAAUUCAUGGAGAGUUUGGGUCAAGGGACAUUUACAAAGAUCUUCAAAGGGGUCCGCAAAGAGCUGGGAGAUUAUGGACUCGUGCACCAAACUGAAGUAGUCAUGAAGGUCCUGGACCAAGCCCACAGGAAUUACUCUGAGUCUUUCUUUGAAGCAGCCAGCAUGAUGAGUCAGUUGUCACAUAAGCACCUGAUCCUGAACUAUGGCGUGUGUGUCUGCGGAGAAGAAAAUAUCAUGGUGCAGGAGCUUGUGAAGUUUGGAUCUCUGGACACCUACUUGAAGAAGAACAAGAACUCCAUAAACAUCCUGUGGAAGCUGGAGGUGGCCAAGCAGCUGGCCUGGGCCAUGAACUUCCUGGAAGACAAACAUCUUGUCCACGGGAAUGUCUGUGCUAAGAACAUUCUUCUGAUCCGAGAGGAUGACCGACGGGGUGGGAACCCCCCCUUCAUCAAACUGAGCGACCCUGGCAUCGGCAUCACAGUCCUGCCAAAAGAAAUUCUUAUUGAGAGGAUCCCCUGGGUGCCCCCUGAAUGUAUCGAGGACCCUGCCAACCUGAGCCCUGCCGCAGACAAGUGGAGCUUUGGCACCACGCUAUGGGAGAUCUGCAGCGGUGGGGAGAAACCUUUAGCAACACUUGACAACUCAAAGAAAACUCUGUUCUAUGAGGACCACCACCAGCUCCCUGCUCCAAAGUGGACCGAGCUGGCUAACCUGAUCACCAGCUGCAUGGACUACGAGCCCACGUUCAGGCCCACGUUUCGUGCCAUUAUCCGUGACCUCCACAGCCUCUUCACACCAGACUAUGAGCUGAUCGUGGAUAGUGACAUCCUGCCCAACAGGACAACAGGCUCAGCCUGGACGUCUGGAGGUUUUGAGAGUCAGGAUCCGGCUCAGUUUGAAGAGAGACACCUCAUAUUCCUACAGCUGCUGGGCAAGGGAAACUUCGGCAGUGUGGAGAUGUGUCGAUACGACCCGCUUCAGGACAACACCGGAGAGGUGGUGGCUGUGAAGAAACUCCAGCACAGCACUGCCGAGCACGUACGAGACUUUGAGAGGGAAAUUGAGAUCCUGAAAUCACUACAGCACGAGAACAUCGUCAAAUACAAAGGCGUUUGCUACAGUGCAGGGCGACGAAAUCUCCGUCUCAUCAUGGAGUAUCUGCCUUUUGGCAGUCUGCGAGACUACCUCAUGAAAAACAGGGAGCGGAUCGACCACAGGAAGCUUGUACAUUAUACUUCUCAGAUCUGCAAGGGUAUGGAGUACUUGUCGAGUAAGCGAUAUAUCCACCGAGACCUGGCAACACGAAAUAUCCUUGUGGAAAGUGAGCUGAGGGUGAAGAUUGGAGACUUCGGCCUCACCAAAGUUCUGCCUCAGGACAAAGAGUACUACAUGGUCAAAGAGCCAGGAGAGAGCCCCAUAUUCUGGUACGCCCCUGAGUCAUUGACUGAGAGUAAGUUCUCUGUGGCGUCAGAUGUCUGGAGCUUUGGAGUGGUGCUGUAUGAGCUCUUCACUCACAGUGACAAGAACAGCAGUCCUCCUGCAGUUUUUAUGUCCAUGAUGGGAAACGACAAGCAGGGACAAUUAAUCGUCUAUCACCUCAUCGAACUCCUCAAAUCGGGCAGCAGGCUGCCUCAACCUCUGGGAUGUCCUACAGAGAUCCAUGAAAUCAUGGAGGAGUGCUGGGACAACGACCCCGGCUUGCGUCCUUCUUUCAAGGAGCUUGCUCUGCGCAUUGACUUGUUCAGGGACAGUAAAGAGUUUUAGACAGAAAUCACCCAAAGUGCCCUGCUCCUCAGCAACCGAGUCGCUCUUAACAUUGUCGCCCUGUUUGUGUCAAAGGGACAAAGGCCAAAAAGAGGUUCUUCUCCUGCUUAGUGCCCGCGUGUGGCAAAGAAGCUUGUGACUGGAAAAGUGGUGGUUCAAAACCAGGACCAGAUGAGAAACUACUGCCAAGGUGCCUUUAAGCAAGGCACUUAAACCCAAUUUCUAUUGUGGAGCUGCUAAGAAUUGAGCAGCAGGAUAGAAAUGAACUCUUGGAUGAAAGGAACUGCUGUUUGUAGAUGAUGCUGAAAAAGAGUUCAGUCAAACAAACUGGAUUAAGUUUAAAAAGAAGAGUUGGUGGAGACUGUGAGGAGAUGAUUGCCAGGUUUAAAGCUAGAGAUGCUUGGUGUCAAACAAGUUCUCUCUGUACAAAUGUAUGUGUGUUUGUGUGUGUGAGAAAGAGAGUGUGUGUGUCUGUGUGUGUGUGUGUCUGUGUUCAUACAAGCAGCUAGCAGGGCUAGCUCCCGCCAUCCCCUUUUCCCCACACCUGAAAAGGAAUGGACUCGUAGUGUUCAUUGUUUUCUAUGUAUGUGUGUAAAUACAAACACUAUAUUUGUGUACAUAUGUUCAGAAAAAUUUUAUAAUUUUAUAAAAUGAAAAUACAGUGAAAUACUAUAUUUGAACUGCCAGGAAAGUGUCAGUGUUAAUGAAGUACAAACAAAGGUGAUUAAAAAAUCUGUUACUGUUUCAUGUUUUCAUUGUGAGAGGUGGUGUGAACAUUAAACUGUUAAAUUCCACAACAAA